AUGAAGGGCAAUAUUGGAGCGUUUGCGCUGCUCAGCGGCAUUGUCAGUGGUGUUGCUGCCGUUGAUGCGAGAGACGUCCAGUAUGCGGACCAAGACCCUGGGACGUGGUGCAUCACCUACCUUUCAACGUACCUCGUUCCAGUGUCAAUUGCAACGGGACUCCCGCGCCCUGUUGAAAACUCCACAGAUAUCGAAUUGAUAUCAACAUCUACUGCUCAAGGUCCAGAUCUCGCGUCCUCGGCUGCUUCUAGCGCAUCCGCUUCGACUACUCUCGAGCCCACCACCGGACAGCGCAUCAUCCUUCUUGUCAGCCCUUCUGGCGGUAACACAAAGCGCGACAUUGGUGGUUUUGUUGGUGAAGGCAACCCCAACAUCUGCACGUUCGCUACUGUCUUCACCCUUGGCAAUGGUCGGCUUUCCGACGGUGGUGUUCCGGUGUCAUACCUCGGUGAUGGAUACCAGAAACUCCAGGCCUCGUCCUCAUCUAGCGAUAAUGCAAUCUCGACAGCUUUCGGCUCUGAUGGAGGGUUACUGCGCUUCCGAAAUCCCUCCCUACCCAAUGGCGGAGCUUCAUUCUGCCAGACGCCUUCUGGUGGGCAGGUUUACAUGACUUUCGGAUCCAAGCCAUCUGGCUGCUUACCAGUAUCUCUGAACGUGUAUAGAGCCGAACAAUGCAUUGACGGUAGACUCGAUGGCCUCGGUCCAACAGCAACCUCCAUCAAGACUGAUGAGACCAUUUCAACACAUUCCACUGAAACACGUUUCACCGAAGCACAUUCCACUAAAACGCUUUCCACUGGCGAGGCAUCUGGUGACACCUCUGUUAUCGAGUCUUCAAUCGUCUCCACGUUGUCUACCGAAGGCUCUGGAGUGCCUAUUGGAUCAUCAUCAUCCAACAUUCCUGCCAGCCAGGAGACAGAGGCACCCAGUGGAGUGUUGACUGAUGAACCGACUGCAACACAAUCUCAGGGAAACGUCGUGAUCACGAAUGCCGUUUCCAACGGGCGAUUUUCCAUCAAAGACCCGAACUCAGAAAGUGGCAUUUUUGGCUUCGAUGCCGAAGGUGAGGCCAAACAACAGAGCGGCAACUGUUUCAAGGCAGAUGGUAGCUCAGAUAAUGGCUGCGUUGCCUUAGGCUCUUCUUCCGACUCAAAGAAGCGAGCUUUCGGAGGACUAGCGAGUAUCUCACAAUUUCUUACCAACCUUGCUCCAAGCAGAAAUGUUCUCUAUACUGUCCAGUUCUAUUACGUCGUCAUCACCGCUGGAGGCAAUCAGGCGUGCAGCGUCAAUGCCUACCUCGUCAAUACCCAGUUCUACACCAUGGGUCUUUUCACUAGUGGUGGCGUGGGUGUCUCUUGGAACAGAGUCCUCACUACUGUCAUGGCCGACUCUCGAAGCGCCAGCUUUGGCAUCUCCAUGUCUUGCACCGGCAAUGGACUGGCACUGAUCUACGUGGAUUCGGUCUUCGUCUCCAAUCAAGUAACUCCUGAUAACAUUGAUCAGUUCCAGUUGGACUUCGGGGAUGACAACACCCCUGAGGAGACUACCAGCAGUCUCCCAUCCACUCCAACUAGUGAACCGGCCAAUCAAGUAACAACUGUUGAGCCAGCUACUACUGCUACAAAUUUCCCUCCUGCUACCACGACAGGCUAUACCAGGCCCGAGGUUCCAUCUCAAGAGGUUUGCCCCGAUGGCUACAACCCUCCCGGCUUUUGUGGACAGAAGUGGCCGAAACCUUCAGGGCCAUUCUGCGAGUACCGUUCCCAGCCCAAUGCUGAUAUUGUGGCAUAUCCGCUCUCAGAAUACCCCAUGCAAGGCAUGGACAUUCAGAAGUGCGCGUUGACCUGUGGUUACAUCGAUGGAUGUUUCGCAUUUGCUGUAAACAACAACCCGAGAUACCCUUGCAAUUUCGUCCUUGAGCCAUUGAGAGUUCGUGGUUGGACCACUGGAGAUCCAGACCGUGUCCUAGAAUGGUCUGAGUUAGCUUGCUUCGACUGUCAGCUCUGUGGUGAAUCGCCAUCGUCAACCGCUGGCCUUACUGAAGCUCCGGUGCUCUCGGAAACAACUUUCAUCGCGGAGCCAUCCACCAGAGUUCCCCAGAACACUACCCAUUGGCUUCCCGACCCACAGACAAGCUCUGGAAGCUUAGAGCCUACGCCAGGCAUCAAGUCAACAAGCAUGCGGCCGCCUCGACCAGAGACCAGCGUUGACGUGGAGCCAACCUUCAUCGAAGGCACCACCACUUGGCCUGAAACAACUCACACGUCUGCUCAAGGCCCUCAUGUAGAUACAUCAAGCGACGCGCCCGAAGAGUCUACGUCCUUGAGCGAAGACUCAACAUCCUUCACCGAAGAUGCAACAUCUACUACCCAAGAUCCCAGUUCAACUUCAGAAACCACUACCGCCUCCUCAACCCCAACAGAGACAUGCAAGUAUACGCACGGCGAGAUGUGCAACUUCGACCGCUUCAACUACCCCAAAGACGUUCUCUGUUCCUGGGGCGACAAGCUCACCAGCAGAAGUUUCUGGUUAGAGACUCGCGAGUCGUAUCCCCACCAAGACCGCGUCGAGCAGUGCAUAGCCAUCUGUCAAGGCCACCCACUCUGCUUGACCGCUGGAUACUCACAGUUCGAAAACCGAUGCUACUUCUCUGAACUUCCCUUACUCAAGGAGAACUUCGUCACCGAAGAGAACGACUGGAAGAAGCAGGUUUGGCUGGAUUCGCGCUGUUACACGGACUGCGAAGAGUGCGUUCCUGAUUCUGUUCCCAAAGGUCCUCCCGAUAUGUGUGCGUACACUCUAGGCGAUGAGUGCAAGCCAGUCGCCGACCCUCCUGCCGGUACGCUCUGCAAUUACGAAGCUUAUAUGGGAGGUGGCUGGGUUGAUGGAAAUGACCCCAACUUGAUCACAGUUUAUACAGAGUAUGCCCAGGCUACGCCUCGUCGUUGUGCUGCUAUCUGCCGAGCUUAUCCAGGGUGCAAGGGUUCUGGAUAUAAGGAUGAUCGAUGCAAGUUUUCGGUUUAUAAGCUCGCUUUGGCCGGUAUGCCCAUACCACUUGAGACUGACAAGGACCCUUCCAUGAAUUCUAUCUGGGAUGAUCCUGCGUGUUGGACAUGCCCUGGCUGUCAGUAA